CGCGAGAAUUUAAACGUCGUUAUGAAAGAUUGGCGAGUAGGAUCUGCUCCUGCUGCGAUUUAAAUGAUUAAUUCAAGGUAUUGACUAGGAUUGCAUUGUUGCAGUCACCAUGUCGGACAACAUUCUUGUGGCCGUGCGAGUAAGACCACUCAUUACAAGAGAGGUGUCUGAUGCAUCAGCCAUCCAAUGGCAAACGGGCACAGACAACACAAUCACCCAAAUUGACCCAGCGACACAAAAGGCUCUGUGUGCUCCUUAUACAUUUGAUCGAGUCUAUAGCUCAGACUACAGCAAUGCAGACAUAUAUUUUAAAGUGGCAGAACCCAUUGUGGAGUCUGCUCUGGCUGGAUUCAAUGGAACCAUUUUUGCCUAUGGACAAACUUCAUCAGGAAAAACCUUCACCAUGAUGGGAAACCGUGACCUCCCCGGCAUCAUUCCAAUGGCAAUCCAAAACAUUUUUAAUUCCAUUGAGAAUACACCUGACCGGGAGUAUUUAAUCAGGGUCUCAUACAUGGAAAUCUACAAUGAGAACAUCACAGAUUUGCUUGCCUCUCGCGAAUCUCGUGGCAAGAGCUUGAGUGUAAGAGAAGAUAUUUCAGGCAAUGUAUAUGUUGCUGACUUGAAGGAAGAGUGUGUAAACUGUGAAGAAAGUUUGUUAGCCUUGAUGAGGAAAGGAGACAAGAAUCGCCAUGUUGGAGUUACAAACAUGAAUGAACGUAGCUCAAGAUCACACACCAUAUUUCGUAUUAUUUUAGAGUCACGAGAACGCACUGAAGGUGAUGGCAGUGAUUCAGCUGUGGUUGUCUCGCAGCUGAAUUUGGUUGAUCUUGCUGGUUCAGAGAAUGCAUCCCAGACUGGAGCCACCGGGGAAAGGCUUAAAGAGGGAGGCUUUAUCAACAGAUCCCUCUUCAUGCUUGGACGGGUCAUUUCACAGUUGAGUGAUGGAGAGCAGUUUGUAAAUUUCCGUGACUCUAAGUUGACGCGAAUCCUACAGCUGUCAUUAGGAGGAAAUGCGAAGACUGCUAUUAUUUGCACAGUUACUCCAGCAGCAGUAGACCAAACACAUUCUACUUUAAGGUUUGCAUCAAGAGCUAAAUCAAUCAAGAAUAAGCCUAUUGUGAAUGAAGUUUUGUCUGAGGCUGCUCUGCUGAAGAGAUAUGCAAAAGAGAUUAAGAAGUUAAAGGAGUCUCUUGAAAAAGAGCGCAAUACUGAUAAAGCACAAGAAGUUGAACAGGUGCGUGAGAUGUUGGAUGAACAGUCCCGCAAGAAUGAAGACCUUCAGGCCAAAGUGACAGAGCUAAAAACUAUGUUAGUAGUAUCUAGCCUUCCAAAGGAAACUGAUAAGAAGAUCAUUGACAAGAAGAAAAGGCUCCGCCGUGAGACAUGGGCAGCCCCAGCAGGAUUAAGAGCCAUGAGGAGGAGUAUAGCUCCACUGAGGAUAGAGCCCCUGCACCUGGAUCACGAGUUUGUGCGGCCGGAAUUGCCACCUUGGAAAGAUAUGGGAACACUUGCUGAAGAGUCAUCCAAUUCAUCCCAAAGCCCGCCACUCAACAGCUCAUCUGCGUCUGAUGGUUUUGGGAGAGAUGACCUUAGUUUCAACAUGGAUAUGGCUGAACAGUCAAAAUUAGGAAAACUGGAGAGCAGCUUCAACACUCCUGAAAUUUUGGGAACAAAGCGGAAGAGAAGGGUCCAGUUUAACUUCAAUCUCCCACCAAGUUUCAUUGAUGCUGAGUGUCAGACUGAAGAGAGUUUGCUUCCCAAAAUAAACCUGCUGCGUUCCCCUUAUCCAAGUACACCAAAGAGAGGUGCAGGUAUCCCUCCUGGCUCACCUGGAACUCCAGCUCAUGUACUGAGAGCAAGAAAUACGGAACUGAAACAAAAAUUGGAGGAGCAGAAUGAGUGGUUGGAGGAGUGGCAGGCAGAACUUAGUGAACUUAAAGACUUUCAGAAAGUAGAACUGGAGUUACUGGAAGAGAGUUUCCAGUUGAAAGUGGCUGAUGGACCUAUUGAUAAUACCAAACUCGAUGCUCAAGCCAAAGAAAUAUCUUCUCUAAAGCAUUCUUUGAAAGACUCCGAAACACUCUUGCUGGAUGCCAAUCGAGCUCUGUGUCAGAGGACACAGGAUUUGGCCAGUUUGCAAGAACAGUAUCAGGAACUCGUGGAGGAAAAUGAAAUAAGGUGUGGAUAUGAGACCGAACUCUUCACACUGAGAGAGGAAAACAAAUUGUUGAAGAAAUCAAUGGAAGAAAAAGAAAGAAGCUUAAAUCAGUUCAAGAAUGAAAAGCAAGACUUUGACAUGAUGAUGGAGUUGGCACUGGAAAAGCAGAAAGGCAAAGAGAGUGACCUAAGGAGGAGUUUGGAGGCUGCUUGGGAAGAGAUAGCUAACCAUGAAAGCACCAAUGUGGAUGCAGUACGAAGAAGGAGCAUGCAUGUUUCUCAACUGGAGAAGGAAGUGGAUGAGCUUCGUGAAAAUCAAGCAGAAGUCCAAGAGCUGAAGUCAAGUAAUGCUGAACUCAAACAACAGCUGGAAGCAUCACAGCAAGAACAACAAGCCACUCAGCAAUUGGUUAAUGAACAAAACUUGAAGCUCCAGGAGAUGAUGAUAUUGGUGGAUAAGCUAAGAGAACUCGAUGAACAAGUUUCUCGCAUUGAAACCUUGGAGAGUGAACUCCUGAGAGUGCAGUCUGAGCUAGAGAGUAAAGAACAGAAGAACCUGCAUCUACAGGAGACUGCCAAUGCACUUCAGAUGCAGCUAGAAGAGCGAGAAUCCCAGGGAACUGCCACAAGGAUUCGUGAACUGGAAGAAGAGAUUGAGAAUUUGCGUGACAGUGCAGUUGGUAAUAAUAUAACCUGUAAGCCACUUCAGCUCCUUAAUGCAACACAAGGAGAUUGCACUACAGUGUCAUCUGAAAUCUCUCGAAAGUUAUCUGAGACUCUACAGGUGUUAGAAGAAUCCAUAAUGCUACCCUCAACUCCUAACAGAGGUUCUGUUAGCUCCAUGGAUGAACCUUUCUUCCAAAUGCAAGACUUCAUUAUCAUCAAACAGCAGUUGCUAGCUUUGCAGGAGUCACUUCUUGCACAAGAGCAGCAACAGCAGUUACAACAACAGAAAUUUGAAGAUCAUAUAAAAGAGGACAUUUUACAUAAACAACUGUAUCAUUCUCAGAUUAUUGCCGAAAUGGAAUCACAGAUCAAUUCAUGGAAAAUGGCAGAGGCACUUUGUGCAGACUAUAUUGCCUAUUCUCAUGCUCCUUUCACACAUACCAGUUCUAAAGUAUAUGCUCAGUCAGUACAUACUCAUGAAUCUUAUGAUGAUAAUGUUGCACAAGAAGUACAUAAGGCAGUUAAAGAAGCUAAAGAGCAGGUACAAGCAGAGUAUGAGGCUAUAUUAAAGGAGGAACGUACUGAGUUUGAGGCUAGAUUGAAGAAAGAAUCUAAAAUGGGAAAGGAUUCAUUACAGGCUGCCACACUUAGUAUUGCUGAUGAAUUAAAGGGUGCAGGCAUGAACAUGACUCUUUGCAAUGAGACCUUUGAAACCUCUAUUCUCAACCUUGAAAGUGAUUCCUCACUGCAGGAAGUACAAAAACUCAAGCAACAAUUAGAUUUACUUAAUAGAGAAAAUAGUGCACUUUUGGAUCAAGUAAAACAGCUAUCAGAAGUUCACGGUAAAAAGAGGGAAGUCCAAAAUUAUUCCAAUGUGCCACAAUCUCUAGCUGAUGAACUUCAUCAAGCAGGUAUGAAUAUGACUAUGAAUAUUUGUGAUGAGAGCUUUGAAACCUCCAUUUUGAAUCUAGGGGCUGACUCAUCCAUUCAGGAAAUCAGUCAGCUGAAGCAUCAGUUGGAGCUGCUUAAUCAAGAAAAUGUUAACCUCACCGAGCAAGUAAAACAAUUAGAACUUCAAAAGUCAGAGUCUCAGAAGGCAAAAGAGCAGGUAGAAAUUGAACUGCAAGGUAUUAUGAAAGAAAAAGAAGUUUUAAAAGCCAGUUUGAAAUCAAUGGAAGAGGAACUAUCAGAUAGCAGGAUAAUAUCGGAGGAAUGCCAUAGUCUCCGCUGGCAGGUUAAUUCUUUGAAACAAGAUAAGUCUGAUCUUGAAGUAGAGUUAAAACUAAUGCAGGAGGAAAAUGAAAAUCUAGAACAGACUAUAAAUGACAGCAUGAAGAAAGUAGACACUAACGAGGAUAAUAUUCCAGAGAAAAUAACAGAUCCUCUUGAGGGAGAGCAUAUAGAUGACAGUCAAGAUCUCCACAAGGCUGAAAAACAGAUGGAGGAUCUUAAAAAUGACAGCAUGAAGAAAGUAGACACUAACGAGGAUAAUAUUCCAGAGAAAAUAACAGAUCCUCUUGAGGGAGAGCAUAUAGAUGACAGUCAAGAUCUCCACAAGGCUGAAAAACAGAUGGAGGAUCUGGAAGAGGAAUUAAAAAGACACACAGCAUCCACAGAAGCAGUAGAAGCAAUAGCAGCACCUCAAAUAGAAAGUGAAGAGCACAUUAUAAAUGAAAGCUGUAAAAUGGAUGAUGCAGACAAAUUGAGUGAAGAUAUGUUUGGUGAUGAAGAUACAGAUCAGAAUGUUAAGGAGACCAGAAACACUGUAGAAGAACUAAGAAAGAAAUUAGAGGAUCAGGCCACAGCAUUGGAAGAAGCUAGGAAAAAGAUUCUUACCUUUGAAGAAACCUGUCAGUUGGAUUCUGGGGAAAUUAUGAGCAUCAAAGAAUUAGUUGAAUCUAACCAAGAGCUGAGGGAAAAAUUACGUGAGAAGUCUGAAGAACUAGAAGAAACAUUUAAGAAAAUGGAAGAACUUCAAUCAGCAGUUGUUUGUGAGGAGUCUAUAGAGCAUCUUAAAAAGGAGCUUACCAUUGCUAAAGAGAAGAUAGUUGUUCUAGAAUGCCAAAUAGAAAAGAAAGAAUCAGAUUUUGACAGUAAGAUUUCAGAAAUUAUAGCAGAAAAGGAUAGUGAAAUGGAAAUGUUCAUCACCAACUUUUCAGAUAAAGAAGAAGCACUAGAGGAGAAACUGAAAGAACUUGAGUCAGCUAACUCCCAUGUUGUAGAAAUGAGAAAAACACUUGCAAGUAAAGAACUAGAGGUUCAGAAUCUUGUUGCUGAAUGUAAUACACUCAAGACUACUUUUAGUGACUUAGAGAAGCAGCUGUUGGAAGAGCAAAAUAAAUCUGAUGAAAUAGCAAGUAAAUAUGAGAUUAUGCAGAAAGAGAAUUCAGACAGUUCUAUAGAGACAGAAAACAGAAUCCAAGAGUUUAAGAACAUUAUUGCUGGUCAUGAAACUGAUCUUGCUGACAAAGCUGAACAACUAGAAGAGAUGAAGAAAUGCAUGGAACAUCAGAAGGAACUUCUGGUGGCAGCAGAGGCAGAAAAGCAAGAAUUCAAAGAGAUAAGUGAAAGGAAAGUGCUUCAAGAAUCACAUAAUGCUUCCAUUAAGAUUGAAACUGAAAAGACUCUUGACAGAGAUGACCAUUCCAUUUUAGGUGACAAACUUGAUGAAUUGAAGCAUCUAAAAGAAGAGUACAGCACAAAGGUCAGAGAACACAAAGAACUGCAGGAUAGCAUGGAAAACCUUAGGAUUGUUCUCUCAAAGAAGGAGAAAGAGUUGGAGACCUUAAACAGUGAACAUGAACAGGAGGUUUCCUCUUACAUUGAAAAUCUAAAUAACAGGGAUGAGAAGAUACAGGAGCUUGAAAGUGUAAUCAGCCAACGUAAUGAGGAGCGCACAAACAUGGUAAUGGCACUUGAAGCUAAGGAUCACAAAGUUCAGCGCCUGACCUCAGAGCUGGAAGAGAGCCAUCAAAGCCUACAAAAUAAAGAAAGGGAAUUCCAGCUUUACCUAGAUUCAGCUGAAUCAGAUAUGUCCAGUAAAGUGAAAGAACUUCAAGCAGAGGUUGAACAUUUAAAUAAACUCCAUAAUGAAUUAUGUGAGGACAGGAAGAAUAUGGCAGAAGCCAUCAAGAGUAAAGAGGAUAUUGUGGAGACUUUGCGGUCUGAGCAAUGUACUUUGAAAAAUGAGCUGGAAACUUUGAAUGAAAAUUUAAUGAUAACUAGAGAGAAGCUGAAGGUUUAUGAAGAUGAGGUAAAUGAGAAGAACAACAUCAUAACAGAGCUGGAAUCUGAACAGGAAAAACUCAAGAAUGAUAUUCUGGCUCUAAAAUCUCAAGAAGAAAAUUCUAAAGGGGAAGAAGUGAAGAAGUUGGUAGGGAUUAUUGAGAAAUAUGAAAAUGAAAUCUCAGAAAAAGAAGAGCGUCUGCAGAGUAUUUCCAAAGUGGUAGAGGUCAAGGACUCUCAUAUCAGUAAUAUUGAGAAAGAGAUUCUGAGCCUACAGAAAAGGAAUGAAGAUAUGUCAGAAGAAUUAGAAGAGUUCAAGGAAGUCAAAGAAAGAUACAGCCAGCUGGAAAAGGAAGUGACAGAGCAUAAAAGGGAUUCACUCACUGUGGCAGAUGGCCUUCGAGAGAAAGUUCUGUUUUUGGAAAAUAGUCUUUCUGAACUAAAUGUAGAUUAUAAGCACAAGGUUGAGAAAUUGGAGGAAGAAAUAUCAUCUCAUCUCUUUGAAAGAGAAAACCUGUAUAAGAAGCUUUCAGAAUCUGAAAUUAAGUUGGAUGAAAUUAAUACUGAACUGAGUGAUGUACAGGAAAAAUUGGCACAGACAACAAAAGCAUUAGAUGAAAAGACUGAGCUAAUAGAUAUGGCAAAAUGCACUGAGGAUCAGUUGAACAGCAAGAUAGAGAAUUUGGAGGAAGACUUGGAAACCUGCAGCAGCUGUCUAACUUCAAAAGAGGUAGAAUUGGAAAAACAAAAGGAGACCAUCUGUCUUUUAGCAGAAGAAAAACUGAAGCUUGAAGACGAAAUUGCAGACCUACGAGCCCAAGGGAAGGCGCUGGAUGACCAGCUGGAGUCAAACAAUACACAGAUUGAAGAGUUGGUGAGGAUAAUUGAGAAAUAUGAAACUGAAACCUCAGAGAAGGACGUACAAAUACAAAAAUACGAGAUGGAUAGAUCAGAGAAAGAAGAACAGUUGCAAAAUCUGGUAACAGAAAUAGAUUGCAAAGAAUCAAGUAUCAAGGAAGCUGAGAAAACAAUACUGUCUCUUCAUGAGAAGAAUCAGGAGAUGCUUGAUAAGCUACUAGAAUUGGAAGGAUUAAGAGAUAAAUACUGUAAACUUGAGAAAGAGCUGGAAGAGCACAAACACAUGAAAACUAGUUUAGAAGAUUUACCUGAGAAACUGAGGAACACUGAAAAAAACCUUGCAAUCCUUCAGGUUGAAUACGAAGAAGAGAUUCAAAGGUAUAAAACAGAAAUUGCUGAAUAUGUGUCACAACAUGAAGAAGUUGUUGAAAAACUUUCUCAGACUGAAGAUGAACUGCAGAACUUCAAGGAGCAGAUUCAGAUACUUAAGAAGGAAUUAUUAGAGAAAGAAAAUGAACUGGAGAUGAAAGAAAAGGAAUGUGCAAGGCUUGAUUCAGAACAUGCAGAUGCAUUUAUACAACUUAGAAGGACAGAAACUGAAGUAAAGAGAUUAAAAGAAGAAAUUAACUUGUACAGAACUGAACAAGAAGAGAAGGGAGACCAAGGACACAGUGCUCAGCAUGAACUCUCCAUCAAGUUGAUGAAUACUGAAGAAGACCUGCAGCACUGUAAAGAACAGCUUCAUAGCCUUCAGAGGGAAUUGAAAGAGAAGGAAGAGUCAUUAAAAGAAAAGGAGUUAGAGUGCACAAGACUUGACUUGGAGAUGGAUGAUAUUGUGCAGCACUUUAAGAAAGAAGGACAGACGAAGGCAGACAUGAUCUCAGACAUGACCAAGGAAUUAACAAAGGUACAAAUUGAACUGACUGAAACAAAGCAGAAACUUACAGAUUCCAUGAUGAUUUGCAAACAGACCACAAAGAAUGAUGGUGAUGCUACAGUAGGAGGAAUUGAUGAAUUACAGAAUCAAAUUACAGAACUGAAAGAAGAACUGAAGUCUAAGGAUGAAGAGUGUAUUCGUUUAAAUGCAGAAAUGGAUGACAUUGUUGAGCAUUAUAAAAAAGAGGGAGCCUCAUAUGGCAGUAUGUAUAAUGAAAUUUCAGACAAGUUGAAAAAGACAGAAAAUGAUUUGUCACUGACUAAAUCAAAACUGAUGGAGUUCUCACGCCAGGAAAAUUCUGUGUCUGGUGAUUCCAGUCUUACAGUGCAAUAUUUGAGAGAACAGCUACAAGAUCAUGAAAAACAGCUAGAGGUGUUAAUGAAGGAAAAGGAAGGUCUGCAAAAGGAAAUAGACACUCUUAAGACUCACAACAAGAAUCUGGAGUAUAUGACUGAGAAAAUGAGUAUUCAGGUAGAAGAAGUAGAGCAAGUGAAGGCUAGUUUACAAGAAGAACUGAAGGUUAGCAGUGACACUGUUGACACUCUCUUAGAACGCCUUGGAGACAUGGACAAAUUCAAACUGGUGUAUGAGGAAGAGAAGGCUGUUCUUGAGAAACAGCUAAAGGACUACCAGCAGAGAGUUGAGAUGCUUAUGGUUUCAGCUAGUGGAACAAAAGAUGCUAUGCAGCAAGUUGAGAUGAUGGAGAAAAUUAAUCAGUUAGAAUGUGACUUACAGGCCAGUCAAAAGAACUUUGAAGAUGUGGCUGAUGAAGUAAACAGGUGGAAGCAGGAGUAUACCAGGCAGUAUGAAGAAUGUGAGGGUCUGAAAGCAAAACUUGUAAAAGCUGAAUUCCUCAUGGAUGAGCAGAAGGAAAAAUAUGAAGAGGAACUUUCCCAGCUUUCAACACGCCUCAAUACUUUAGUGAACAGCUCCUCCAUGACCACACCUGGCCUGAACACUACAGGGAAGAAGAAGAAAACCAGGGCAAGUGACAUGGAAGAGCAGAGAAACCAGUAUAUCUUGCUCUGCUCAGAACGGGAGGAAAAGAUCAAAGAACUGGAGAAAACCUUGGAAAAUCUGAGACGCUCACAGGGAGUUAUCUCGAAUGUUGAGGAAUUCCAACGUGAAUUGGCAUGGAUGAAGGAAAAGAUGGAAGCUGCAGAAAAAGAGCGUGAUUUGCUAAACUCAAACUUUGAUAGCUUGGAGAAAGAUUAUGAGCAACUGCAGAGAGAAAAUGUGCAAGGGGAAAAAAUGGAUGAAGGAUUAAAGCAACCAGGAGAAAUGAAAAUUGAACAAUUAUCAAAUGAAAAAGCAUCUUUAAAGAAUGAUUCUGGGGUGAUGUCAAAGAACUCUUCUGCAAAAGCUAGUCUUCGUGACCGUUUGGUGGUUAUUGAACGUGAGAAUAAUGAACUGAGGUUUAGACUUCGUGCUCUCAAUGCUCCAGCUGAAAAGGAGGUUCAGAACUUGAGAGAGGAGCUGGCUUACAAAAGAAGAUUUGUUUUGUCAAAUGUGUUUAGACAUAGAUUACUCCACAAGUGCUCAGCCACCACAAAAUUCACCCCGCUCCUAAUUUUGCAUUUCCUUAAAUCAAGGAAGGGGGUUAAACAGACUAAUGACUUUUUACUCCAGGUGACCCACCUGAAGGCUGAGUUACGUCGCUUGCAGAAUAACAAAUACAUGGAUUCUACUAUCUGUGAAAUGAAGGGCAGCCAUCACAUUGAGGAAGCAAAAGCUGAACAUUGUGAAGGGGGAAGCUUUGAUUACAGCAGUGGAAGUGGUGUUGUUAUGGAAGUGCAGGUCUUGGGCCUCAAGAACAUGGUUUAUCACUUGGAGAAGGAUAAAAAACAACUGCAGAAUGAGUGUAAGAUCAUGGAACAACAUGUGGAUCAUUACAAGAAAAAGGCUCAGGAAUGGAAAGACACAGCCAUGAAGGAAAAGAAACUGGGGGAAAAAAUAACUAAGGAACUGGAAAGCAAGCGAGCUGAGAUAAAGCAGUACCAGACAGCAAUUGAGGAAAAUCGUAGCAGCAGCGAAAGGCAGAAGUUUGAACUUGGUCAGCACAGGGAAACAAUUGCCAAGCUGGAGAAGGAGAAACAAGAGCAUUUGCAGAAGAUGCAUGCUGAUUCCACUGCAGUCACAAGCAACAUGAGGAGGCAGACUAUAUUAGGACCAGUGAAGGAAGUGACUUCAGACUUCAGUAAAGGUGCAACCAAUUAUGAAGAAGUAAAGAGCAGGAGUGCUUCCCUGGCUCCCAGUUCUACAGGAAGCCAGCUGCAUUUAGGAACUCACAAUGCACCACUGCCCAGUCAGACAAGAAUUGAGCGCCUCCCGGGUGCUAAAAUUCCACCUGCCGAAGCUCAGAAAACUGAUGGCAAAGUUCCAAUGUGGCAGAGUUUAAACAAAGAAAAUAAGGAUUACUCUAAGUACUAUCUCCCAUCUUCCACAAAAAAGAAACAAGAGGAGGAAUGCAAAACACAGUAAUUUCCAUGUUUAAUUACUAAAGUAAGAUGGCUUCUAUAACUGAGGAUAGAGUGAUUUUCUUAGGAAUACCUUUGUAUUAUUUUCUUUAAUAUAAUACAAUUAUCAGCCUGUCUACCACUUGCUAAAGGCAAUCCUUUCUUGAUUAUAAAAUUUAUGUCUAAGAUUAAGAAAAUGUGAAUCAGUAUCAUCAUAAUACUGGUCAUCACCUAGAAUGAAUUUUCAAAUUUUUAAAGACUUAUUUUCUAAGAAAACAUGACAUAUUUUAAGGUUACUAAUUACUUUGAUUGAACUUUUAUUUCCUGCAUUACACUGGAUUUUUUUCUUCAGAGUUGUCUUUUAUUUUCUGCAAUACACUGGAUUUUUUCUUCUUCAGAUUUAUCUUUUAUUAAUUCUUGCGCUUCCUGUACCUCUUUGUACAUACAUUUUGUUUUAUAUU